CAACUUCACAAAUAUUUUUAGAAAACUCCGUCAUAAAACUUCAUUAUUUCUGCCUAAAUUUCUAUCCAUUUGACUCGAUAUUUUUCUGAAMGUUUCUCUAUACUAUGGCCUUUAAGUUAAGUACAGUUUUACGUGGCCACGAGCUAGAUAUACGCGCUGUUUGCCCUGCAGUAUUUCCAGCUGRCGCCAUCUUGACGGCCAGUCGUGACAGGACAACCCGUGUUUGGGUUCCCGAAGGGCAACAUUACACCGAAGGACAUGUUUUAGCGGGACAUGAGAACUUUAUCUCGGCUGUUUGUGCACUACCGCCUUCUGAUAAGCACCCGCAUGGUCUAAUAGCAACUGGCGGACAUGACAACAAUAUCCUUAUAUGGACACUGGAUUCAUUAGAACCUUUAUCUAAACUGGCUGGUCAUACUGGUGCCGUUUGCAGCUUGGUUGCUGGMAAGUUUGGUACACUGAUAUCUGGCUCUUGGGAUAACACAGCAAAAGUAUGGAUUAACAAUAAAUGUGUAAUGACCCUGAAAGGACAUGAGGCUGCUGUCUGGGCUGUAGAGUUGAUGCCUGAUCAUGGACUCAUGUUAACAGGGUCGGCCGAUAGAAAAAUUAAGAUGUGGCGUGCUGGUUCCUGUGAGCAGACUUUCUCAGGACAUACUGAUUGUGUACGAGGUCUGGCUAUAUUAUCUUUAUUGGAAUUCUUGUCUUGUUCAAAUGAUUGUACAAUCAGGCGAUGGAUGACUACAGGAGAGUGUCUACAGGAAUAUGUUGGACAUUCUAGUUUUAUCUACAAUAUAGCAGUAUUCCCCAAUGACAAAGAAAGAUUUGCAUCAGUCGGGGAAGAUAGGACACUGCGGAUAUGGGAAGGAGGAGAUUGUAAACAAACAAUAACUUUACCAGCGCAAUCUGUUUGGUGUGUAGCAUGUCUUGAUAAUGGUGAUAUUGUGACGGGAUCUAGUGAUGGGGUGGCUCGUGUGUUCACCUGCGAACCAGAAAGAUUUGCUUCACCAGAGGAAAUUAAGUUGUUUGAGGAAGAAGUUGCAAGUCAGGCCAUACCAGCCCAAUCAAGCRGUCAAAUUGGUGAUAUCAAACUAGAACAACUUCCAGGACCAGAAGCUCUACUUAGACCAGGCAAAAGAAGUGGCCAAACAAUAAUGGUCAGAAGGGGACAGACUGUGGAGUGCCAUCAGUGGAAUGAAAUGGAAGGGAAGUGGGAGAAGGUUGGUGAGGUGGUGGGUGCCCCUGGUACAGAGACAGCUAAUAGUAAGAAGUCAAUGUAUAAAGGAAAGGAGUAUGACAUCAUAUUCAAUGUUGAGAUUCAGGAAGGCAAACCACCCUUAAAACUACCUUUCAACUAUGGAGAUGACCCUUGGGUUGCUGCUCACAAAUUCCUUGCUGACAAUGACUUAAGUCAGCUGUUCUUAGAUCAAGUUGUAGAYUUUAUUCUCAAAAACACCAAAGAUGUAACCAUAGGCCAAGCCCCUCCUGCUGUCAGUGACCCUUUCACAGGAGGAUCUCGCUAUGUACCAGGCUCUGCAUCGUCGGCAGGACUUGGGAACCAGCCCUCUGUAAAUGGAGGAGGUGGRGUGGAUCCUUUCACAGGUGCAGGAAGUUACAGGCCUACAUAUACAGAUAAUACUCGCUCAGGGCUGGGUUCAGGAGGAGCUGCUGAUCCAUUUACAGGAAGUAACAGUUACAGACCAGCAGAAAUUACUGCAAGGAAAACUAAUAAAUACUUCCCCAAGAGUGAUUAUGUGUCAUUUGACAGUGCUAACGCUAAGGCAAUUCUUGGUAAAAUAAACGAAUUCAACUCUUCAGUACAUCAGAGUCAGCAGUUCGAUACCGAAGAGUUGCAGCAUUUAUCGGAUCUUUUAACACUGGUUUCGGAAAACAACACUCAAAAGUCUCCAAGUGACAAACAAUUACAGGUCAUGACCAAGGGAUUGAACUGGCCAGACAAUGUUAUCUUUCCAGUUUUAGAUGUUUUUCGUCUUGCUACGCGUCUUCAACCUGURGCGUCGUACUUCUGUGGCAKCACAGMAGACAUUAUAGAGAGAUUGGUAGAUCUGGCAAGAACCGAUAGCCCUGUAUCAAACGUACUUCUCGUAUUCAGAACGUUCUCCAAUCUCUUUUUAUCUACCGAAGGCUCUUCAUCAAUGAUUAAAUACAGAGAAAAAAUACUGUUCCAGGUUAAAACAUGGAUAUUAUGUCCUAAUAAGAAUGUUAGGGUUUCAUUAUGCACUGUUUUGUUAAAUUAUUCAGUUCUAUUACGAAAUCAACCCGACCUUGAGGCUCAGACCCAGUGUUUAGCAACCAUUGUGACCAUUCUUCAAACUGAAGCAGAUAACGAGGCUAGAUUUCGAUGUCUUGUCGCUCUUGGCAAUUUAAUUUGUAAUGAUGGUGAUAGCUUAUCGUACGUAAAAUCCCUUGAGAUAGAUAACUGUCUGAAAACUCUUGUCAAUGUAAAAGAACCACUAAAAGUUGGUGAAUGUGCGUCCUUGGUACUUUCUGUUSUGUCAGGAUAAAUGGCUUAAAGUGUAAUAUACCUCAUUUACUUUGGGCGCAAAAUUCGUUGAGAUUAUUUUGCUCUACUUGUCGCUGGUAAUUUAUCAAGAUUUGGGAUUAACAGAUACUCGUGAAGGAUUUAUCUAAAUGUGGGGGCCAUUUCAUUGAAAUACAGCUCCACAAUCUGCCAUCAACAUGGAUUCCAUAUUUGGCUAUCUUACCUUAUUUGGAAUACGUUGGAAUUCUCACUGUAGAAUACCUUUCUGAACUGAAGUUUUGGAAAUACAGUGAACUUUCAUGUAGUGUACUGAAUAAGUCUAUGUAUAUGUCGGUCUUAAUCAGAUUGUGUGAGGUGAUGGUAUUAUUGCACAUGAUGCAGUCAACUAUUCAUACAGUUAUUUCAAGAAAAAGGUAUACCAGAUACAAAAAAAAACUCGAUUUGUCGCUCGACAUUUUUGCUGUACAAGGUUAGCUUCAGUGUUUCUUAUUUUUCACGGCCUGUUUUUUGUUGCGCGACAAGUUAACAGUAUGAUUUGUGCAAGGUGUAAAACGAAAAACACCGACUCCAAACUUGAACAGCAGCAAAGCAGUGUUUUCCGCUUUUCUCGGCCUUUAAGUUUCUUAAAGAAACCGCUGCUUCAAAUGUGCAAUUAUUCAUCGACAUUAAGCACCCUUACAAGRGGUUCCUUACAAUAUCCAUUGUUUUCAAAAAUAAUGUCUUUCUGAAAUAGCUGUAUGCAGUACUUGUAGUACAAAUUUCAUUACAGAAUUAUUUAUUCUUUACUUAAAAUGAGGAGUUUUUAGAUAUAUUUGAUAAACAAGAAAUAAAACACUUAUAAUUCAAACUA